UGACUUAUAAUUUUUUACUUUACCAUUAAUAUUUGGGUCUCAAGUGAUUCUAUUCGUAAUUUGAAUGAAAAAUUGAAUUUUUGAGAAUUAGAAUUACACGAAUUGACGCACAACUAGCAGACGAUGUUUAUUAAAUGCUCAUCUUGUCACAGUACACAUGCACUCGCCGGACUCGCUUCAUCGUGAGCAUUUGUGACACGUGCGAUUUGUACGGAAAAUUGUGGCACUCGAGCUUGUGACAACUGUCAGUGGCAGUGAAUGGAUCACCAUAGAUGAGAAACUGUUGAAGAGAUAAUAAUUAUGUUUAAAAAAGUGGUUGUUGGAAUUUCCGGAGGAGUUGACAGUGCUGUCACAGCAUUGCUUCUCAAGUCCAAAGGUUUUGAGGUGACAGCAGUUUUUAUGAAAAAUUGGGACAUUGCUAAUGAAUUAGGAGAGUGUCAAGCCGAUAAAGAUCUAGAAGAUGCCAAAUGGAUAUGUAAUAAGCUUAAAAUACCACUUGUGGAUGUUAAUUUUGUCAAAGAAUAUUGGAAUGAUGUAUUUGAUAAUUUAAUUAAGAAUUAUGAGAAAGGAAAUACACCAAAUCCAGAUAUUCAGUGCAAUAAAAAAAUUAAGUUUAACAAAUUUUUUAACUUUGCUCGGAGUGAAUUAAGAGCAGAUGCCAUUGCUACAGGUCAUUACGCACGGAGUAGUUUUGGUCCAUAUCUUGAAUCUUUCAAAGCUAAUGAAAAUGCACGAUUGCUGAAAGCAAAAGACUCCUUUAAAGAUCAGACAUUUUUCUUAUCUCAAAUACCACAGUUGGCCCUGCAGAGAACAAUGUUCCCAUUGGGAGAUUAUUUUAAACAAGAAGUCAAACAAAUUGCUAAAGAGGCAAAUUUAGAUAUAGUUGUAAAUAAAAAAGAAAGUAUGGGAAUAUGCUUCAUAGGUCGCAGGAAUUUCCAAAAAUUUAUAGAUGAGUACAUAGAAAAUAAACCAGGAAAUUUUAUUGAUAUUUUAACUGGUGAAAUAGUUGGUAAACAUAAUGGAAUACACCAAUGGACUUUGGGUCAAUGUUGUAGAAUAGGUGGAAUUUCUGUUUCAUAUUUUGUCCUUCACAAAAAUAUUUCGAAUAAUAACAUAUAUGUGGUUCCUGGCACUAAACAUCCAAUGUUGUAUUCAGAAUUUUUAAUAGCAGAAAAUAUUCAUUGGAUUUAUGGCGAACCAAAAAAACUGAAAAAUAGCACAAAUGUUUUUGACUGUGACUUUAGGUUUCAACACACACAUGAAUUAGUGCCAUGCACAAUUUAUAAAUCCUCAGAUAAUAAAUUAUCCAUUAGACUCUAUAAACCUCUAAGAGCUGUAACUCCAGGACAGUUUGCAGUGUUUUAUUCCGGAGAAGAAUGUUUAGGAAGUGCAGAAAUUGUAAAAAUUGGUUUUCACUGUAACUUUCCAGAUCAAGAGUCAAUAGACGAAGACAUUAAAGAAAAAAUGUCGAGCUGACAAUAACUUUU